AGAGGUUUUGAACCAUGAUCCUAAGAUCUCAGACUCCUGAGUAGUUAGGAUGACAGGCAUGAGCCACAAUGCCUGGCUUGGCUUGCUACUUUUUCCGUUUGCUGUUCUGGAAAUGGAGCCCACUUCCACAAAGCCCACUACCACUAAGCCACGCCCCCAGCCCUGGGAAAACUGGUUUGACUCUACCGCUGGAAAACAGUUGGCGAGGAUGUAGUACCCCCGGGAUGAAAGAAGUGUGGACUGACAGAAGCAGGGCAGGUCCCCAGUCCAGGCAGAAAUGGCAUGGCAGGGCUGGCGGAUGCAGAGUGUGAACAGUCAGUAGGGGACUCAGCAGGUUAAUGAGAGGCCUGGGUGUUCUUGCUUCCUCAGCCAAGUGGUUCAACCCCCAGGGGACCCAGAGGACACGUGACACCAGGGCAGCCACUGGGCCUCCUACAGAAGAGACCCCCUCUGCUGUGGCAGCUGGUGACAUUUCACUGGGCUCUGGCUUCAAAGUCUCUGUGGGGGUUGGAGAGGCCAGGCUAGUGGGGGAGGGAGCCAGAGCGGGGUGGCUAAGGCCACAAGGAGCAAGCAGCUGCCAGGCAUCUUCAGGAGUCCUCAGUGGAGGGAGGUCCAAGAUGUCCAGCAAGGUGGCAAUUGGCAAUGACAUUGGACAGGCCCGCCGUGCAGUGGAGCAGCUGCGGAUGGAGGCAGGCAUUGACCGUGUGAAGAUCGGUCUGCAGGUGUCCAAAGCAGCCCGCGACCUGCUGCAGUUCUGCAUGGAGCAGGCCAAAAGUGACCCCUUCCUUGUGGGCAUCCCAGCUGCCACAAACCCCUUCAAGGAGAAGAAGCCUUGCGCCAUUCUCUGACCUGCACCCAGGCCACCCUGUGGCCCUGGCAACUGGGGACCCUCCAAUAAACAUGACCUGAUUGCUCCUUGCAGCUCACCUGGACUCAGCUGGGGCUGGGGGCCAGGACCACUGUGGGCA